CGCGCACCGUCCAGAGCAGCAGGAGGCCAUGGCUGGUAAAAACUGACGUGGAAAAGUGACAGGGCUGAAGGGAAAACUACGCGUAAAAGUUUUUAUCUACUGUUUUCAGUGUUUCCCUCGCUGUCUCUUGUUUUCUUUGUCCCGAUACAAUGAGCUUGGACAAAGCAGAGCUGUGUGACUCUCUGCUAACUUGGCUGCAGACAUUUCAGGUGCCAUCAUGUAACAGCAAGUAUGAUCUGACCAGUGGAGUGGCCAUCGCUCAUGUGCUGCACAGAAUUGACCCCUCUUGGUUUAAUGAGACCUGGCUGGGCAGGAUUAAGGAGGAGAACGGGGCUAACUGGCGCCUCAAGGUCAGCAACUUGAAAAAGAUUUUGAAGAGUAUGCUGGAAUAUUACCACGAUAUACUGGGACACCAGAUCUCAGACGAGCACCUCCCAGAUGUGACCCUCAUUGGGGAGAUGGGAGACGUGACUGAACUGGGGAAACUGGUGCAGCUUGUUCUCGGUUGUGCGGUCAGCUGUGAGAAGAAGGAUGAGCAAAUCCAGCAGAUAAUGACACUGGAGGAGUCUGUGCAGCAUGUUGUGAUGACUGCCAUUCAGGAGCUGUUAUCAAAAGAGCCAACAUCUGAACCAGGAAGCCCAGACACAUAUGGAGACUUUGACUACCAGUCCAGGAAGUAUUAUUUUCUUAGUGAGGAGGCAGAUGAGAAGGAAGACCUGAGCCAGCGUUGUAGAGAUCUGCAGCAUCAGUUGUCCAUGGUUCUGGAGGAAAAGUCCCUGCUUCAGGCUGAGACCCGCUCCCUCAAAGACAAACUGAGCCGCUCGGACUCCCUGGAUUCCUCCACAACUGCCAUCACGGGCAAGAAACUUCUACUGCUACAGAGUCAGAUGGAGCAGCUGCAAGAAGAGAAUUACAGAUUGGAGAACAGCAGAGAUGACCUGCGGCUGCGUAGUGACCUCCUGGAGAGGGAGGUUCUGGAUCUGCAGCAGAGGAACGAGGAGCUGACCAGUCUGGCUGAGGAGGCCCAGUCCCUCAAAGACGAGAUGGACAUCCUCAGACACUCAUCGAGCCGGGUGAGCCAGCUGGAGGCUCUGGUGGAGACAUACAAGAGGAAGCUGGAGGACCUGGGCGAUCUGAGGCGACAGGUGCGUCUCCUGGAGGAGCGUAACACGGUGUACAUGCAGCGCACCUGUGAGCUGGAGGACGAGCUGAGGAGGGCCAAUGCUGUGCGCAACCAGCUAGACACCUACAAGAGGCAGGCUCAUGAGCUUCACACCAGGCACUCUGCAGAGGCCAUGAAAGCUGAGAAGUGGCAGUUUGAGUACAAGAACCUUCACGACAAAUACGACGCGCUGCUCAAGGAAAAAGAACGUCUUCUCUCAGAGCGAGACACACUGCGGGAGACAAAUGACGAGCUCAGAUGUGCACAGGUCCAACAGAGGUGCCUCAGUGAAGCUGGAUCCCUCAGUGAGAGUGGAGGAGCCGGCAGCCUGGCCUCAGAAAUCAUGCCCACUGAGCUCAAGGAAACCAUGGUCCGUCUUCAGAGUGAAAACAAGAUGCUGUGCGCUCAGGAAGAGACGUACAGACAGAAACUGGUGGAGGUUCAGGCUGAGCUGGAGCACUCCCAGCGCACCAACAACGCCCUGGAGACUCAGAACAGGUUGAAUCAGCAACAGAUCACAGAACUGCGCUCUCAAAUUGAGGAGCUGCAGAAAGCCCUCCAUGAGCAGGAUAGCAAGAACGAGGACUCCUCCCUUUUGAAGAAAAAGCUUGAGGAACAUUUAGAGAAGCUUCAUGAGGCCCACUCAGAUCUGCAGAAAAAGAGGGAGGUCAUCGAUGACUUGGAGCCAAAAGUGGACAGCAGCAUGGCAAAAAAAAUUGAUGAACUUCAAGAGAUUCUGCGGAAAAAAGACGAGGACAUGAAGCAAAUGGAGGAGCGCUACAAGAAGUACAUGGAGAAAGCGAGAACGGUGAUCAAAACCUUGGACCCGAAAAAGCAGCCAAGCGGGCCGGACGUCCAGGCUCUGAAGAACCAACUGUCUGAGCGAGAGAGGAAGAUCCAGCACCUGGAGCACGAUUAUGAGAAGAGCAGAGCCAGGUACGACCAAGAGGAGAAGCUCAUCAUUUCUGCCUGGUAUAACAUGGGCAUGGCAUUGCACCAGAGUGUGGCUGGAGAGCGCCUCACAUCGCCCCAUCAGAACAUGUCCUUCUUGGCUCAGCAGAGGCAGUACACCAAUGCCAAGAGAGGCCUGAUCCGCCACCAGCCUAGAUAACCUCCUCACAAACUUCAGACAAACAUUAACAAACUUGAAGUAACGACUUCACCUCAAAGCCUUCUGUCUGCCUUUAGUGCACCUCAGAUGUCUUAAAUGCUGCUACUGCCCCCUGCUGGCAAAUGUUUGAACGUUUUUCUCUCUGGUCCCAGAGAAGAGCUGCUGUUUUCUUCGCUCUAGAAACGGCCUUAUGUUACCUUCUGAGGUAACUUUUUAUUUCUUUUUGGCCUAUUUUAUAUUAUUAUUUUUCAUGUUGUAAUGGUGAAAAGUGAAUUUUAAAUUACUGUAGAUCAAAGGAGCUAGUUGUAUGUAAAAUUAAUGCCAAUACUUGAGACAGGGUAACUGGAAGGGGAAGGAGUAUGAAAUAAUGCUACAAAUCACGGUGCAUCAUCCUUGGUUGUUGUUGGUACAUUUACUUUGCUGUGUGUGUGCGUGUGUGUAUUGUUUUUUUUGGCUAUUGUCUUUAUACGUGUUGGUCUGUUUUUAAAUAUGACAUUAAUGUGCGACACAGAAGGAUGUUUAAUCACUUUUUGAAUUUUCAUCAAAGCACUUUCCUGGGAUGGUGGGUUUAUCCCAUGCCUCACAACUUCUUAAUUUAUUGCAUACUUCUCUCAAAAAUGUUAGAAUGCUGUUCUCCUGUAUUGAAUGUCAACACUGGAUACAAUAUGAAUUGCUAGAUCUUGUGAAUUAAUGAGUUUAUGUAAAGAUAUGUAUUUUUUGUUUUCCCAAAGAAUGAAGUUGUUGGUUAUGGGCUUAAUUGCACUCACCACUUUUUAAAUCUCUAGUCACUUUAGUGAGAUGACAAAUAAGCAAUUAAAACCUUCAGCAGUGCCCAAACUGGAAAUUCACUUUUAAUCAAGUCUGUAAACUACUAACAAUAGAGCUGCUUGUUUCAAUGUAGCAGAAUACCUCACUUAAGUUUUUUUUUCUUCACUUUAUUUUUCAACAUCUGAAGUAAUGUCAGUAACAUGUCCCAUAACUUGGCUGUAACUUAUACUUGAUCCCUGUGUUCUUUAAUCUACACAGACCAAAACAAUGCAUUGUGUGCACACAUUUUUAUAUAUUAUGUUUGUAGUGGCAGAGCUUUUAUUUACACUGGGUUUUUGCUUGUCGAGAGUUGUGUAGAUUAUGGUACUUUACACUGGGGUUUGAGACAAGUUAGUAUUUGUAGUUUGUUCUACUUUUGCACUACAAAUAAAUGGGAUUCUGGAGGAAAAAAGAUGUGUUUUUUUUCUGUAAGGCCAAAAAUCCGUUUACAACUAAUACUUCACUGUAUGUUUCUCCAUGAAAUUAUAAUAAAAUUCUUAUAGAUCCAU